CGUACCGAUGCUAGGUCACGCUGUCUGCACCGGUGAAAUUACAUUUACAACGUAAAAUUAUAAAAUAAAUACGGACAUACCUCACACGUGGGUGGGCCACUGGUUGUAGGUGAGAAGUCGGAAAGGUAGAGGAGAAAUUUAAUGUAUAUCUGUACGCAAUGAUUAACCAUUGCUAACGAAAAAAGAUUCAGUGCGGAAUUCGGUUGAUAGUGUUUAGGAAAUAAAACCACUACGCAUGUUUGAUUUUUCAAAUUGCAACUUAUAUUAAAAUUACAUACAUUUAUGAAGUAUUAGUUUAAAUGCAUUUUGGUGUUGUUAUCUUUGAUUAAAAGUUAAAAAAAUAAGUAUAAAUUUCUCAAAAAUAAUGUUAACGCAAAUAAGUAUAAUCUAAUUAAAUUAUUAAUACACAAUAGGUUCAUUAUGAAACUUUUAGUGCUCUCUUUUGAAAUAUUUACCAGUGCUUCAUAGCGAAUCAUUUCACCGUGAGAUGGCUCUGCAGUGUUGUUUUUGGUAAUCGCAAUAAACAUAUUUUUCAGGCGGCGGCGUUUGAUAAUAAUUCCUACUGGAAUAUUUUUAUUUUAAUCGCUAAACUAUAGUAAACUAUUAAAAAAUUACUAUUCCACUUUCUCUUCCUCAUUUUUGCAUAUUUCAAGUGUUAAACAAUUCGAAAUUAUCGUUCAUCGAGCAAAUUACGUAAACUACUAUUUUAUUUUAUUUAUUUUUUUUGGGGGGGUUGCUAACAUCAUUGCCAUGUGAAUACGUGUGUUUUAAAACACAGGGUUUCAAGGGGUUACCAUUGUAAGUUAUUGCUAGGUAACUGAGUAACUGUAUGAUAUACAGUCAACUAUAACAAAUUAUAUAAUUGAUCGUCAGUAAGACAGCUUGUGUUCCAACAUUGCAAUAUUACAUUUUAAAUUGGAAAAUAAAAUAUUAUAAUAUGGCGUACAGAACGAAAGUUUGUGAUCAAGGAGGAAUAUUUAACGUUGCAAGAUCUUCGGCGUACAGUGCGGAAACCCGGACAUUUGUUAACGGUAAGUACUUUAAAUUUAAAUAUUAUUUUGGACGCAGAAACCUAAAAUAUAAAAUAACUAAUUCAAUUUUCGCUAUUUCAAUUUUUACAUGUUUUAGAAAAUAACCAUAAUAUUAUAAGUUUUGAUAUUAAUACAGACUUAGAAGUAUUAAAUAUCCAAAAUAACAUUUACAUUAAUUCAGUUUUAGAAAAAUUACAUAUAUACGAUGAAAUAAAGAAAAAUCAUUUUAAUAAUAUUUUAAACGUACAAACCGAUUUUAAAGAUAAUAUCUUAUAUCAAUACAUUUAGAUAAUAAAUACUAACCAAAUAAUUGAUAUUUCUUAACCUACCUACAAUCAUAAUUAUCAUACUCUACUCAAGGCAUUCAUUCAUUUAUGUAUUAUUAUUUUUUUCUAUAUAUUAUUUUUUUAUUUAUAUAAUUAUUUACUGUAUCUAUUAAUUUUAAAUUUGGAUUAUAGCGAGGAAUCAUUGGAUUUACUAUGAUGUGUACAUUUUUUUUCUACAUGUAAAUAUCUGUUAAUAUUUCUAUUUUAUAAUAUCUGAUUGUUGAGCUAUUUAUAGACAUUUAAAUUCUGUGAGUACAUUUUUAUUUGCAUUUAUUUAAAUAUACAAUUUAAUUGGUAGUUAGAUAUAAUUGUUAUACUAAACAGAAAUACUUGAACAUUUGACAGAAGCACCAUUAUAAAUCGAACUUUAGUGGUUGAGAAAAAAAAAUAAUAAUUAUGUGUAAAAAUAAUUAUUUUUUAUUUUUUUUAUUGUAGUUUUAAUAUCAAAUUCUGAAAAAAAUAGUAAAUAUUACGACAUUUCAAAAUUUGUACAACCGACUUAGUUCCUAAUCCUUUUUCGUUAGCAAUGGUUUAUUGUUGCUUACAGGUAUAAGUUAAAUUAUUUUAUGUAUCUUACCUUUAUGUAUUCUAAAAUGCCAUAAUUUUUACAAUUUUUGUUAACAUUUAUUUUUAAAACGCUUAUAAAAAAAAAAAUUCAAUAAACGAAAAUUUAUUUUUCAAAUAAAUAAAGACAACUUAUAGUGUAUUUUGUAUUAAAUUUUCAGGCAUUUAUUUUAAGUCAUACAAAUUUAAUAACAGAUACCUACCAAAUAAGAAUUACACAAAAUUUCCAAAAAUUAAAUUAUAUAAAACAUGUAUACAUUACAUACAUAAAAACAUGAAAAUAUCAAAUACUUUUAAUUAGACUAAAAAUAACUAGAAUGUUUUGUCAAUUUUACCAUUUUCGCAAAAGGUCAAUAUAAGUAUUUUUUGAAAACUACAAGUAUCUAUAAGUGUUUUUAACAAAAAAGACCGAUAUACUUCGCACGUGGGUAGGCCACUAUUAUAGGUGAGAAGUUGGAAGGCAGAGAGAAAAUAUAAUGUAUAUUUGUAAGCAACGAUUAACCAUUGCUAACGAGAAACGAUUCCCAGCGGAGUUCGAUUAAUAGUGUUGCUUUGUUAACAAUAUAUAAGUUAUAUUAUGGUAAAAUAAUUGCAACAUAUUCUCUUAAAUAAUUGUCUGUUUAAUACUGUGUCUACUUUUCUGUUCUCCUGGUUUUUACCAUGUUUUUCCCAUUUAUUGGGAAAACUCCUGGAGGAAAAAUGGAAAAAAAUGACCGCUCUAAAGUGUCAUCUCAGUUAGAUUUUAUUUCAGAAAAAGUGCUAUAUUUGAUACUUUGGAGCAAGAUUUCUGGAUUUAUGUUUAUAUACAGUAUAUAUAUAUAUAUAUAUAUAUAUAUAAAAAAAAAAAAAACAUCUCUGUAAAACCAAUACAUUCUUCGCUACACUCAGAAACAAAUUUUAAGAAAACUAUACAGAAAAUCAAACAACAUUUUUCCUCACAAACUAGACAAAAUAAUUUUUCAGAAAAUAUGCUAUUCUUGAUGGUUGGACAAAGAUUUCUGGUAGAACAAUAUAACUUUAAAAAUUUAAUUAUUAUUGUUAUUUGCUAUUUAAGUUAAAAAAAUAGUUUAUGUUAAAAAACGUCUGCAGAAAAAAUAAACAAGAACAGUAAUAAUAAUUGUUUACAGUAUAUUUACGCUCUGUUUGUUACAAUACUUCUAUUUUCCUUCUCCGUACAAAAAAUACGUUAUGGAAUGUCUGUGUUAAGUACCAGUGUUUGUUUACUAUCAAAAGAUAUCAUCAAUUUGUUUAUCCUAUGAACCUACUGAUAAUACCUAUAAUAAUAUCGUUAUAUCGUAUGUCAGUGUAAUAAUAUAUUUUAAUGACACAAGCGAGACUUUUGUCACGUAGAAAUGUCUAGAUUAAUAAUUUACACGAUAUCAAAAUAAUGGAGAAAUGUUUUACCCUUUUACACCUAUAUUUUUAUAGUUAGGGAUUAGUGCGAAUAAAACGAUAAUUUAGGGAUGCUGUCACUGAGUUGUUAUCGCUAUCUUAACUCCUUGAAUUCUCUAUAUUUUAUCAAAUCAUUUACUUAUUGUAAUAAACCAAUAUAUAGAUUUUAAUUGUAUAGUUCGGAGCAGUGACGUAGGCAAAGGGAUUAUUCCCACCAUUGGCUUAAAUAUACAAAAUAUAUUAGUAAUCUAAUAUCAAAAUGCUUUUAUUAUUUCAGCCAAGUUGAAAGGAAAAUAAAUUUAUGUUUUUUAUCUAUUAAAAUUUGCCACAUCGUAGCAAAGAAAUUGUUCGGGGAUAUUUUACCCUCACGUUAAUUUUAUUUUACUACAUUUUUUGAAUUUAAGUUUAUAACUUCCAAACAUUUAAUUGGUGGAUUUUAUGGUUCAUAAAAGUGUAUAAAAAAUAAUUUAAUUUAAUUAAAAAUAGCCUGACCGAUUUCAUGUAAACUUCACGUUGAAUUAACACUGAGAAUUUGUACAACCUUACAACAUCAAUGAGACUGAUUGCCAAAAAAUUAAUUUAAAUUUUAGUGAGUAUGUAUUAGACAAAGAACGAAAAUCACGGUGUUCAUUAUCCUUGACCCAUCGAUGAACAUAUCCAAAAUAUUUGGCUUUCUUGUUUUUUUUCCAUAAUUUAUACGAACUAUUUAUCUUUUGUAGAACUCAUUAAAGAAAGUCGCCUUACGACGCUACAACGUAAGUCGUUGCAAGGAUGGCUGAGAACUGGCAGCAGUCCACCUUCGAGGGUAUCCCAAGCUCUUUCCAGCAAAUCCAAAGAAUCUGUUAAUGACAUCAUCAAACGGUACCAUUCGUCGAAACCCCGGACACUCCAGAACAUUAUCGAUUCGGGUGCUUACGAACCACAAGCCUACGUAUCAGACAUGACAUUAAGUAAACAAAAAUCCUGUAUUUUCAUUAAACUAUAGUGAUACAAAUGAAUAAGUAGGUAGGUAGGUAGGUAAUCAAAUGACUUUGUAAAGUAUACAAAAUGCUAAAACGAGGACCAAAAUAAAUUCUUAAAUUAUUCGUAAUCGUAUUUCAUUCAUGAAAUUCGUUCAUUCCAUUAAUCAUCUGCGUAAAACAAAGUCAGGGGGGUAGGCAAGGAAGGAGGUUAAAGAUUAUAUCCCUCUCUCAUUACAUUAAAAAUAAAACAAAAGUAAUCUAAUAACAAAAUGCAUAUAUUUCAGCCAAAUGCAUACAUUUCAACCAAGAGCAAAAGCUUGAUGUAUUGAUUAGAAGAAAUUGGCUUUUUUUAGGAUUCAGAUUUUAAAUUACCUACUCCCACAGUCGAUUUGGAUAGAUAAAACCAUUUUACAAUUUAUUUAAUGUUCUUAUUAAUUGCCAUAUCCCCUCCUUUUUAAAAUUCCUGGGCACGCCACUGAACAAUGUUUACAAUCUUAUUUAUAUACUUAUGAUUAAAUAAUACAAAAAAUAAAAAAAAUUUAAUACUGUUGUUCGUAUGCCACUGUUUUAGGUGGAAAAUUAAGAAUGAAAAAUACAUAAACUUAUUUAAUUUAUAUCUGUAAACAACAAAAAACCAUCAAAAUUUGACCUAAAAACAAUUAUUAAAAAAUUACUACAUUACACUAUUAUUUUUUACCACUAAGUACAACUUCUUUUUGAUCAAACAAAUGUAUCCACAUUUAAAUAACUAAAAAUAUUUUCAGGAUAUUUUGUAUAUUUUACAAAGCAGUUCAAUAAAAAUUUUGUCAAAAUUUCAAAGGGCUAGAAAUAUUUUCAACAGAAUUACAACAAAAUUUAAAAUAAUUAUGAAACCAUUAGUUUCACAAACUUUCCCAAUUUUUCUAAGUUUUUUUUCCAAUUUUGCUCUAUUAUUAAAUUACACAUCAAACAAAUACUCUCUAACUCACCAACAAGAUUCAAAAUUCAACAAAAAAGGUCUCUUGUCGUAUUUCUAUUAGUGCAAUAUUUCUGGUAGAAAAUAUAAAGUGUAAAAUUUAAAAUAAUGAAACCAUUGUACGUCAUAUAUCUGUUCGUUUUCAAAUAGUUUUUUUUUUUUUGGAUUUCCCAAUAAAUUAUUUUUAAAACUGCUUUAAAAAUUUAAAAAAAUGACUUCCUUAAUGUACUCACUAGAUUCAAUAUUUAACUAAGAAGGUUUCUUGUCAGUUUUUGAUUGGAGCAAGACACAAGAAAAAAAAAAUAACCACACGCCAUAAUAAAACCGAAAUAUAACUAAACUUAUAGUUUUAUUUAUUUGUGGAAUUUUGAAUAUAGAGCACCAUCUGAUUUUCAAACGUAGGUAUAUGAAUACCUUUUGGAGGUAAAAUUAUUUACCCCCAAAAAAUAAGGAUUAGUAAGGAUUAAUUAUUUCAUAGUUUUAUAUAAAUAUAGUUUUACGAAAAUAAUAAAAUUUUAUGUGAUAAAUUACGAACAUGUUUUUGAGCCUACAGACAUCCAACUAAUACAGUGUGUCGAGUUACACAAAUUUAAAAUAAUUGUAUGGUAGCCUGACACAGUUCGAUUUCAAUUGUGGUGUAUAUAUGCUUUUAGUAUCAGCUUCGCAAAAUUGAAAACGUGCUGACUGAUAACAGUGAUGGUGAUAAUAAUUAUAGCGACAAAGACGAAAGUGUGGUAUCAAAUAACAACUAAGACUUUUUCAUAACAUCACUAGAUUGCAGAUUUCAAAAUGAAGAUAUCCCUGCAUUUUCACUGUUUUUAAUACAAUAUAACAUUUUAUUACACUAAUAUGAAUGUUCAAAAUUUCAAGAAGAAAACGCAAACUUUUGUUGAUUUUUACAACUUACAAAGUUCUGAUAGUGAAACUUAAUUAUAGUAAAAAAUUCGAAAAGACAGACAAUUAACUGAUAAAGAACUUGAAACAGUGGAAUUGAGUGAUGUAGUCAAAGAAGCAGGUCUUUUUUUUCCUCUUAUAAAACAUACCCUUUUUAUUGCCUUAGCACUAGCAUGUACUAUUACCUACUAUUGAAAGAUCCUUUAGUAUCUUGAGGAGAAUCAAGAUGUGGUUACGUUCAACUAUGAUAGAAAAUUAUUUAAAUGGAUGGUAUAUUAUUUAACGUUUAAAAAUAUAAGACAAUUCGUAAUUUCCAAUAAUAAUGUAAUUCAAUAACAAUUUGAUUGGACAUGCAUGUUUCAUGUUUUUGUAUGUUGAGUAUACAUUGUACAUAGAAAAUUGGUCCUUGAAAAAAAAAAACGAAUUUCAGCAGGCAAUAUUAAACAGAUUUUCUGAAAAUCUACAACUUACAUUGAUUUAAAAUACAUAUGUAUCAUGAUUUUUUUUUUUGGAUCUCAUUAGUUAGAAUCAAUAAUGUAUAAUAACAUAAUAUUAUGAAACAAAUUGUCACAUCUAAAAUUUUUAUAUUAAAUUAUAGUUAAAAAAUGACACUAAAUAUAUCUUGAUUAUUACUCCCCUUCGUGAUGAAAUGACUAGCUACGCUUUUGUCACCACAAGAUACUCCCGAAAUGUUAAGACAAAUCAAAGUAUUCAAAAAUAUAGUGUUUAACUAAUCUUAAAAAUUCGAAAAAUCUUAAUAUGAUUUAUGAAUAAUUUAAUCACGAUAAAGGGGUGCAGAAUCUUAAUAAAUCACCCUGUUUACCUAUAAGCUGUACGAUUUAUAAGUCACCCUACAGUUCUGUUCCCUUUGAUCAUAUCCUAUUUCCCUCGACAAUUUAUUCUAUUAUGAAACUAUUCUGCACAGCCACGUAACCACAAUUGUAAUUCUGUAUUUAUUAAAAGGAGAGAGUCACAAUAAUUUGUUAUAGCCAUUAUAUGUAAAUGGGUAUCUAGUAUACUAGUAUUAUUAUUAUCCAAAUAAUUAAAAUAUUUAUGAACAACAAAUUUUUAUUUUUUUUUUAUUAGAAAACUAUAAUGCGGAAAAAGAAAAAUUGCAAAGCAUUAUGGCCUACGGAAAAAUAACGAAAUUGGACCCGCUAAUCGGUAAGAAAUCAGCUAUCAAGAGAACGUCCAAAGAAGAAUGUACCGAAGAAGAACUCAUCGAUUCAGGUAACAAUUUAUCAUCUUUAAACCUUAAUCAAAAAUGGACAGUAAUUUAUUAAAUUAACAAUAAGUUUAUAUCAUGUCUAAUGGUUUUCAAAAUUCAGAACGUAAUGAGGGAUCUAUUAAUUUAACUAUAAUGCGUUUUUUUUCUGUCUAUGGACAAGCAAAAAUCUUUUUUCAAAGUAUCAAGUGUAGCACAUUUUUAGAAAGGAUAUUUUUUUUAUCUAGUUGGUGCAUUGAGAAGAUAAAUAUUUUAAAAAAAAAUUGGGAAAAACCGAAAAAAAAUUAUCGGAAAAAUAUUUACGAAAAAUAACGCUAUGGCGUUUUUUAUUUCAUUAUUUUUAUUUUUUUAUCGAAUUGCAUAUUGCAUAAGGUAUAAAAUUCCCCCCCCCUCCUAGAAUAAUUUCUGGCUCUAAUGGUACUGAUUAUCAAUAACGUUUAAACAAUAAACAUUGAGGGCGAGGUAAUUUAAAAUGGAAGUGGUUUAUAUUCUCUCUAACUUACGCCUUUGGCAUUGCUUUUAAACGCUCAAGUACAUUCAGACAUCAAACACAAGCUAUAAUUUUCUUGCCGUUUCGCCAAACAUUGACCAUUAUAAGCAAUGAGGCGAAUCGUGUUAUUAAUAAUUGACUAACAUUGAAAUACACUCACCAUCACUGAAAAACGUAUAUCAGCUACAUUUAAAUAAAUGAACUGAAUAUAUAGUAACGAUGAGGUGAUCGACUCGAAUACCAUCUCUAUAAUAUUAUUAUAGAUAACGGUAAUCCCAACCAGAGUUUCUCUAAAGUUACUAACCUGGAAGGGGAACUUACAUUUAACUUCUAUACAGUUCGAGGCGUUUAAUCAAUUAAUUAACCGCACAUUUGUGGUGUAUUUUAUUGAUUUCGAGUGCAGCGAAAUGGCGUGUAAUAUAACUAGUUUGAUCAUAAUACGUUUAUCUGUGGCAGUGUUAACUAUAAACUUAACCACAGUCCCAGGGAUUAAGGAACACACGCGAACACAAUUUAGAAACUUUUACUAUCCGUAUUUACGUAUCCUAUAAUAGCUAAUAUUAAACGAUGAGUUCUUCUCGAAUAUUUCAAAAAGCAAUAAUAAUUAGGUUUACCCAGCAACAUUAUUGUUAAAUGCAAUAAAUAUAUUUAAGAAACGUGUACUUGCAGUUUGUCUUUAAUACAAAACAAAAAAAAAAAAAAAAUUUUGGUUACAUAACAUUGGUAUAUUAUUAUAUCCAUAAUAUAGUUAUAAUAAUAUAUCAACAAACAUCUUUUCCAAACUAAACACAAUAAGAAAAAAUCGAUUAUAGAUUCUGAAUGGUGUGAAGAAGCUUUGGUUUUACAAAAAUGUUUAUUUUUUAAUUUUUUUUAUCUGUGCACAAUUUUUCUACCAGAAAACUUAUUCAGAUUUUUAAAUGUAGCACCUUUUCUGAAAGAAAAUCGGUGUGGGGAGAUAAUCUUUAAGGAUGUAAUUUUUUUGAUUUUAUCUGGAGUUGUCUUAUCAAAUUUGAAGUACCGAAAGAAAACGGAAAAAUGUACAAAAUAUAUUACUUAAAUAUUACGACUUUUUUAUAUCCAUAGUUAACUUCUCUUCCACACAAAUGUGGAAUCUAAAAGAAAACUAGAGUAAAUUAUAAUUUUUUUGUUUUUAACUACAGCAUAAUAUGUUAUAAAUGUUAUGAAAUUAAAUAAGUUCGUUAGAUAAAAAUGUUUAAAUUAACAAUUUUUUUUUUAAUAAGAAUUAGUGAGUGGGUAAUAUUUGUUAAUAAUUUAUGACUAUUUUACUAAAAAAAACAAAUCACCGUUUAUCUACUAUACUGCAGAGUACUGGUCAUUAUAAAGGACCAUGUAAUAAUAUUAAUCAAAGGCUGUAAAGAUAAAAUACCUAAUAUAAAGUAUUAUAUUAUUUUUAAAUCUAAAAAAAAAAAAUAACCUGGUUAAUAAACUAAGUUGUACGCAGUUUGUUUAAUAGAAUUUUUUUUUAAAUUUUGGAGCGAAACACGAGAUCGAUUGGUUUUUUUACUAUGAUGUGCAUUUUGCUCCAAUAUAAAAAAUACAAGAGAAAUUUUAUAUGUUGUUUCUGAAAAAGUAAUUUGUUUUUGGUUUUCCAUGUGAUUUUUUCAGUUUAAUUUUAUUAUUAAUUCAGCAAAACUGAAAAAAAAAGGCUGACAUACUUCGCACGUGAGUGCAGCCACUGUUAUAGGUGUGAAGUUGAGACGGUAGGAUACAUAUGGGAAUUCAAUGUAUAGCCGUUAGCAACGAUAAACCAAACUAAGUCCUUAUCAAUGAAAUACUAUAAUAGGUACACAUAUCGAUGAACAGUAUUAAGCCGUCCCCAAAGGCCGUAUUACCACUUAGGCUAUUUAGGCUAUAGCCUAUGGCUGCAAAUAUUAAAGGACAGCUAAUUUUUUUUAUGAUGUGACGCAAAAAUACGUCGAGGUAUUAUUUUUGAAUUUAAAAUAUUAAAACCUACUAAUUUAACACGGUACGAUGUGAAACAAUAUCGAUACCUAUUGAGUAUUCAAAAUAAACCGCAACCGAAAUUGAGUAUAUAUAUAUUAUUAUUUAUUUGAUUAUUAAUAUUAUUUUAUCAUAUAAGUAGUAAAUCGUGAUGGAAGGUAGCAUUAAAACCAUUUAUUAUCUACGAUUAAAACCCGUAUCGGCCGAUUAUAUUCUUAUAGUAGGCAAUCUACAAUAUGGGAAAAUUUUCGCGAUAAGCAAUGAUACCCAAGAUAAUAUUAUACCUAAUUUAUAAGGUACGUACUCGUGUACCGUAACGUUUUUCACCGUUGUAAAGCAGUGAUUUCUUACGAUUAAAUAUUAAUUAUGAUUAAAUAUUUUAUUUUAACAAUUAGAUAGUGUGACAAAUUUAAAUCGAAAUGCCUUAAUAUAUAUCAGUGGCGGCUCGUGCCAUGGUGCACAGGAACACGUGAACUACCCAAAAUAUGUGUAGAAAAAAAAAAAAAUGUUAGAUUUGUUUAUAAAUUAUUAUUUAGUUGUUAAAUUGUAUGUAUACAUAGUAAGUUAGGGCGGCCAUACUAAUAUUGUUUACACGCACUGACAACGCCUAUUGGCGGCAAAAAUUUUAAUCCGGCCCUGCCUUCCUCCCAAAACAUUUGGCUUAUUUUAUUUAUUUUCGUCUAUAUUCUUUUAUUAGUUCAUAAUAUUAUCAAGUGAUUGACGUAACAUCUCUUUUGUCACAAUCCGAAUAACCAUCUUGAAAUUAACAGUGUACAAUAUUAGGUUUUUAUUAAAAAAAAUAUUCGUAGUUUAAAAAAUAUAAAUUAUCAUAUGAUCAGUGAGUAUUUUUUUUUUAUGUGUAUCGUUUUUUGUUAAGUUUUAUGUUAUGUUGUCAUAUAUUUAACAUACCUAUACUAAUAAAUUCACUAAAUAACACGUUUAUACGAAAAAAGUCAUGUACUCAUGUUAGUUUAAAUAAUUGAAAAAUUUGCAUGAACCAGUAAUUAAAUUUGUUCCCCAUAAUAUUUUACUCAAACGAUUUUCUUUAAAAUUUGAUAUUAAAAUUUUUUUAUAAAAAAAAAUAUAUAUACUACAUAAAGCUCAAUUAUUUGUUUUUACCACAAAGUACGACAUUUAAGGAACCUUCUGUUAAAUUUUCAUUUUUCAUUUUUCAUUUUCAUUUUCUGUUUAGUCUAACAAUUUUAUCCACAGAAUAACUACCGAAUAGAAAUUACAUGUAAAAUUCGCAAAAUUAAAAUGUUUAUAAUUAUCUCAAAACAGGAUAUUUUAAAAAUUUUACCACGUCUAGAAAAAGCAAAUAUAUUAAAGUUUUCUGUCAAAAUGUCAAGUCUUUAUGAAUAUUUUAAACUUAACUACAUUAAAAAACAAAAUUAAAAAUAAUAAAAGCAUUGUUUUCGUAAAAUAUCUGGUUAUUUCUACAUUUUUUUUCGGUUUUGCUCAAUUUUUAAAUAAAUUACAAAGAAAAUCAAAAAUUAAUUUCUUUUUCACCAACUAGAAUGCAACAAAAAAUACUUCUUGAUAUUUUUCUAUUGGAACAAUAUUUCUGGUAGAAAACAUCGUGUAAACAUAAUAAAAACAAUAAAAACGAUAACGCCGCGGCGGUGUUAUUACCUAUACUUUUCUUUCGAGUUUUUCCCGAUUAUUUCAAAAAUCCCUCGGAAAAUCAAAAGAUAACCCGUUCAGUUCUCCGACUAGAGAAAAUGUCAGAAAAGAUUCUACGGUCUAUACUUUGGAGCAAGUUUUCUGGUAGAAAAAUUGUUAAUCAUAGGUAAACCAACACGCUCCGAAUCUAAAAAAAAAAAUCUCUCACUACGCUCCGAAAUUAUCACCACAAUAUUAAUAAUAAUAUUACUUCAACUUUAUGACAUAGUUUUUGUAAACAUUGUUACUCGAAUAGAUGUAGUAUUUUUAUGGUAAAUUAUCAAUUUAUUAAUAAUUUUCAAUAUACCUACGUUAUUUUUACAGUAAUUUUGGAAAUCGAAGAUCGUGAAAAAUUUCUCUACGAUAUGGAAUCGUUGGGCCAAGGGUACAAGUACAGUCCGAGUAUAAUCCACGAGAUUGUUGACCGCAUAAAAAAGCUAGAGGCGUUCGUCAGUAAAAUGUCUAGCGGUUACAGGUUGGCAGAUGUGCGAGAAAUUUCCGAAAAAUACCGACGACCACUCGGAUCACCAAAAACCCUACCAACGUCCAUAUCGAUAAUUUAAAUUGUAUUUUAUAACAAAUCGAAAAAAAAACUACAGC